AUGAAUUUAAAUAACACCCGAUUUGCCCGCUUGGAAGUGGUGGUAUUCAACCGACCCACUCGGGUACAAAGUGAAGAAAUGUUGCCACUUUUCCGCCACCUGGCCGCCAUGAAUGACAUCAAUGUUGUGCUCAAUGGACCCAUCAGAACGAUGAACAGAACACGAACCGAACAAGAGCAAGUUGUUGAAAUAGAUUGGACCAGUGAAAUGGAGAAAGGAUCCAUCUACAUGGCCCACUCCAAUUGGCUGGAUUUCAAGGGCUUUGGAUACAACAAACCCAUCUACGCAUCGCUAGUAAGGGACCCCAUAGAUCGUAUGGUGGCGGACUAUUACAAACGUCGAUCCUGGACGAAGAGGAUGAUAUACAGGAAAAUGUAUCCGGGACGAACUGAGAGACCCGAGAAGUGGUAUAAACAGAGCUUCAACCAGUGUGUGAGAAGUGGCGAUCCCGAGUGUCGGUAUAUCCAACAUUCUGUGAAAGACUAUAUUGAUGAUUUCAAAAGGCAAUCCCUUUACUUCUGUGGCAAUGACCCUGAUUGCUUGUAA